AUGACUGUUCAGAGUCCUGGUUCAGGAAAACGCAGGGCCUCCUCCGAACAUCCCCAGAUCAGAGUGCCAAAGUGCACGAUGAAACAAGUUCUUUUGGGACCCAGAAACACAGGCCGGGCAGGGGAACAAGCACACCUGCUCGUCCAGGCAGAGCCCUUGACGGUUUACAAAGCCGUUCCCGGGCACGAUGCCACUGGGUCCUCCCCGCCCGGUUUGAGCCGCCGUCUGUACGGGCAGCACCUGUUUCUAGCCUCCUGUGCAGGACUCCAGGGCCAGCCGGGGCAGGCCCACCGCCCCGAGGCUGGGACCACCCAGGGCCACACCAAAAAGCCGGUGAUGCUGCCUGCGUCCGCUCGGCCUUCCCCCUUGCGCUCAGUCCUGGCCCAGGUUCCCACAGCCUCCCCGAGCCCUCCCCCGGCCAGGGGGCCAGGCUUCCGCAGAGAAGGGAGGCCUGAGAAAGGAGGGCAGGCUAGAAGCAGCUUCAGCUGGGACAGCCCUGCUUGGAACGGGGAGCAAGGAGGGGGGCUGGGAACCAGAGCAGAGUGGGUACAAGAAAAGAGCCGGCAGUGCCAGGUCCAGAUGGUGGGCAGCAGCAGAGAUGUCACCAGGAGCCGAGAGGAGAGAAGGAAGCAAGAAGCAGGGAAGGUCCUGAGAGGCCCUGCCAACUGCCAUAAAGACUGUGCUGGCGUGGAGGAGGAAGAGAACAGAAAAGGAGGAAGAGCGAGCCCCGAGCUGGAGCAGGAAGGCCCAAUUUAG